CUGUCCUAAAAGACCAUGGUAGACAUUUCAAAGAAGUAAUGGCCGAAGCUAAUCGAAUAAUGGAAAGGGUCUAUGGGUACAAAGUAGUGGAGCUGGAGAAGAAGAAUCAGUUCAUCAUGAUUAACACCCUGAUGAUGAACAAUCAAGAUGAUGACGACUUGCUGUUGGCUCCCACAAGCAAUAGUGAAGUGGCCAACAUCGGACUCGUAACAGCCAUUCUUGCUGGAAUUUUCAUGUCGGGCCAAGUGAUGCAGGAAGGGCCAAUGCGGGAGUAUUUGAAAAAACUCGGCAUUGAUAUUGAACUCCCGAGAAGAGCACCCUACCUUUGGCAACGUCACAAGAUAUAUUCAUCAAUAUUCAGCUACAUCGUGACAAUACAAGUUCCUGCAGUGUAUUAA